GGGGGGACAGGAAGGGAGGAGCGGGCAGGGACAGGCUUCAAGUUUAUAAACUUGUCCCUCCCGGUCCCUGCAGCCUCCACCCAGCACGGCCAUGGCUGAGGGCCAGAAACGAGGGGGCUUCAAGAAAUUCAAGUUUUUCAAGUUCAAAGGCUUUGAAAGCCUAAGCAGCAUUCCCCGCUCCUUCACCCUACGGCGCGUGUCGGUGGUCCCCAGCUCUCCUGAGAGCCUGGGCAUGUGUCUGCCCCCUCCCCAGGGCUUCCUGGAAGAGGCCUUCGACAGCACCCAGGAUGAUCUCAACACCAUGCCCAAGGGCCCCGGCCCCUAUGCCCGCUCAUCGGACAUGUACAGCCACAUGGGCACCAUGCCCAGGCUCAGCUUUGGCAAGGUGGGGAAGAGCCUGGGCAAAGCCAGAGGUACCCAGAGCUGCCGAGAGAAAGGGAGCUCCAGGGACAAGAUACCCAGCACAGCUCCACUGCCUGUCCCCAAGGCCCUGAAGAUGCCUGGCACACUAAACCUUGGAAAAGAUCCAUCCUCAGCUUCUGGAAAAGCGGAGCAGGAGAAGGAGGAGGCUCUGCCCUCAGGCUCUCCAGGGGCAGAAAAGGCCAGGAUGGACCAAGAGAUCCCAGGGAACAGCCCCAGCCCUGGGAUGGAGGCACCGAGCCCCAGCCUGGCCCCCAGCCCCAGUGCAGCAUCAGGAGCAGAGACCACGGAUGGGGAUUUCCAGGAAAAGGGGCAAGAACGUCCCAGCGAGAGCUCCCCAGACAGCCACCACGAUGGCCUGGAGUCCAGCAGCGAAUACGUGAAGUUCUCCAAGGAGAAAUACAUCCUGGACUCGUCACCGGAGAAGCUUCACAAGGAGCUGGAAGAGGAGCUGAAGCUGAGCAGCACCGACCUGCGCAGCCACGCGUGGUACCACGGCCGCAUCCCGCGGGAGGUCUCAGAGAGCCUCGUGCAGAGGAACGGCGACUUCCUCAUCCGCGACUCGCUCACCAGUGUGGGUGACUACGUGCUGACGUGCCGCUGGCGCAACGAGCCCCUCCACUUCAAGAUCAACAAGGUGACGGUGAAGUCCAGCGACGGCCGUACCCGCGUCCAGUACCUCUUCGAGCAGGAGAGCUUUGACAACGUGCCCGCCCUCGUCCGCUUCUACGUGGGCAACCGCAAGGCCAUCUCCGAACAGAGCGGUGCCAUCGUCUACUGCCCCAUCAACCGCACCUUCCCCCUGCGCUACCUGGAGGCCAGCUAUGGGCUCGCCAAUGGGAAGCACGGGGGGUCCCACAGCCCGGCCUCCCAGAAGGGGGGGCACAUCAAGAGGAGGAGCAUCACCAUGACAGACGGGCUGACAGCCGACAAGAUCACCAGGGCUGAAGGGUGCUCCACCAGCGUUUCCCUGCCGCACCACAGGGACAUCAUCCGCAACUGCGCUGUCAGCGUGGACCAGAUCCAGGACCUGCACUCCCCAAUGUCACCCAUCUCAGAGAACCCCACCUCACCCGCGUACAGCACAGUGACACGGCUAAAGCCUCACGCCUGCCAAGCAGCCCCGGCAUCCCCGGUCAUCAGAAGGUCCAGCGAGCCCCAGCUGUGCCCGGGUAGCAGCAACAAACCUCUGCCGGACCCUGCCCACAGCACCCACUCCACGCCAUGCCACGGCUACGCCCGCGCCUCCCCCUCUCCCUCCGUGAACAGCUACAGUGACCCCGACACGGGGCACUACUGCCAGCUGCACCCCACCUCACCCAGCAGCAGAGAGCGGCCGGCUCACGACACCAAGCAGCUGCCAGCAAAGAGCUACGUGGAAAGGCUAAAGGUGGAGGAAGGGCAGAGAGGGACUGUGGAGAACGGCUCUGGGGAAGCGGAGGGAGGGCAGAGGCUGAAAGGAGAGCGGGACUUUGUGGGCUUUGUGCCCCCCACCGUGGAGACGUGCUCCUCCUUCAACCCGGCAGCAUUCCAGUCCCUGCUCAUCCCCCUGGAGAAUAAGCCCCUGGAGAUGGCUGUGCUCAAGAAGGUUAAAGAGCUGCUGGCGGAUGCGGAUGCGAAGACACUCGCCAAACACAUCACCAAAGUGGACUGCGUGGUUGCUCGGAUAUUGGGCGUAAGUGCAGAGAUGCAGCGGCUCAUGGGGGUGAGCUCCGGCAUGGAGCUGCUCACCCUGCCCCAUGGCCACCAGCUCCGGCUCGACCUGCUGGAACGGUUCCACACCAUGUCCAUCAUGAUCGCCGUGGACAUUCUGGGCUGCACGGGCAGCACAGAGGAGCGGGCGGCCCUGCUCCACAAAACCAUCCAGCUGGCUGCCGAGCUGAAGAGCACCAUGGGCAACAUGUUCAGUUUUGCAGCUGUGAUGAACGCCCUGGAAAUGGCACAGAUCGCACGGCUGGAGCAGACCUGGAUGGUGCUGAGGCAGCGGCACACAGAGGGUGCCAUCCUCUACGAGAAGAAGCUGAAGCCGUUCCUGAAGAGCCUGAACGAAGGGAAAGAAGGGCCGCCGCUGACCAACACCACCUUUCCCCACGUCAUGCCCCUGGUGACUCUCCUGGAGAGGGACGACGCGCUGGUGGACAGCCCUGAGCCCUGGGAGGCCACGGACAAUGGCGUGGAGGUGGUCAUGGCCCACCUGGAAGCUGCACGGAUGGUGGCCCACCACGGAGGACUGUACCACACCAACGCCGAGGUGAAACUGCAGGGUUUCCAGGGCAGAGCAGAGCUGCUGGAGAUCUUCAGCACUGAGUUUCAGCUGCGGCUGCUCUGGGGCAGCCGUGGGGCUGAGAGCAGCCAGGCCGAGCGCUACGAGAAGUUCGACAAGGUCCUUACAGCCCUGUCCCACAAGCUGGAGCCAGCUGUGCGCUUCAGCGAGCUGUAACCCCCCCAGCAACGGAAAGCCUCUGCAUGGGGGACACAGUGGCAAUCUGGGGACAAGGAGGAGGAACAACAGCCACUUCUCAUCCGCCACUCACCUUCUUGGCACUGCCACCCCAGGGGAUGGGGACAGCGUCCAUCGCUCAGCCCUGCCGCGGUCCAUGGCUGCAUGGUGCCCCUCUCCUCCCCCUUCAGAUUCCUUCCUUUCCCAUCUCCCUCUCGCCCAUGGCUGCUGGGUCCCGCUUGUAAAUAUGUUUUCACGGUCACUUAUGGAUGUACAGAUUCGCAGGGACGGUUCCUGGUGUAAAUACUUAGGCUCAUUCAUUUUGUCCUGUAAAUAUGUGUACAUAGCUCACGGCCUUGGUUCUUACAUACAAUAAACUUUUACUCUCUCCCUCUGGAGGGACUCCUCCA